AUGUAUAAUCCACAAUUAAUGAAGUUCUAUUUGCAGGCCCAUGGCCAGAGGUUAACUGCCUCACUCCACCCCACCCCAUCUCACUAUAUCCCACCCUACCCCACUAAACCCGACCCCACCCUACCAGACCCUACCCCAGCUAGCUCACCUCACUCCACCCCACCCCACUAUAUCCCGCACUACCCCACUAAACCUGCUCCCACCCCAUCACACCCUACCCCAGCUAGCUCACCUCACUCCACCCCAUCCCACUAUAUCCCGCACUACCCCACUAAACCUGAUCCCACCCCAUCACACCCUACCCCAGCUAGCUCACCUCACUCCACCCCACCCCAACCCACUACAUCCUAUUACACCCCAUCUAGCUACAUGUUCCCCACCCAACCCCACCUGACUACACCCCACCCCAACCCACUACACCUCACCUAA